CCUCACCCAUCAAGCCCGUCCAUCCCACGACCCUCAAGCUCGCCGCAGCUCAGAAAUCUUUGCUUCUUGCCGCUCGUCCCUUCGACUCCUCCCUCUUAUCUCAAGCUCCUCCCUGCUCUUCAGCUGAGGCUAUGGUUAUACCCUCACUGUCAUCGCCCCGCAAUCUCGUCGAGUCAUUCCUCACCCAUCAAGCUCGUCCAUCCCACGACCCUCAAGCUCGCCGCAGCUCAGAAAUCUUUGCUUCUUGCCGCUCGUCCCUUCGACUCCUCCCUCUUAUCUCAAGCUCCUCCCUGCUCUUCAGCUGAGUUGAAGGCUAAUUUAUUGGGAAGUGAAGAAAUGUUACGGCCAUGUGGGAUAAAGGGGCAGAAGCGGAAGAAGAGAGAGGAGAGAUAUGAUAAAGAGGAAGAUGAAGUGGAAGCCGAAGAGCAAUCCAUAGAAAGAGCGAAAAGAGCUAUGGUUGAAGAAAAAGAAAUGGCUAUGGAAACCAGCGGGAAGGAAGAAGAAGAAUUAGAAGGGCAAACACAUGAAAUGGCAGGCAUCCCAAUUGUUCCAAGUGAUUUAAAAACAAAAAAGCCUGGGCUUAUAUUUGUGCUUGAGAGGGCCUCUUUGGAAGUUGCUAAAGUUGGAAAGAGUUACCAGAUUUUGAAUUCUGACGAUCAUGCAAAUUUCUUGCGGAAAAAUAACAAAAAUCCAGCUGAUUAUAGGCCUGAUAUUGUUUAUCAGGCUCUCCUAUCAAUAUUAGAUAGUCCAGUAAAUAAGGCUGGGAGGUUGCGAGCUGUGUAUGUGAAAACAGAUAAGGGUGUUCUUUUUGAAGUUAAACCACAUGUGCGUAUACCAAGGACAUAUAAACGAUUUGCUGGAAUUAUGUUGCAGCUGCUUCAGCAACUGAGUAUAACUGCUGUUGGUAAGCGUGAGAAGCUUUUGCGUGUAAUCAAGAAUCCUGUGACCCAGUACCUGCCUGUCAACUCUCGUAAAAUAGGGUUCUCAUAUAGUUCAGAAAAACUGGUUAAAAUGAACAAGUAUGUAGCUGCAGUCAGUGAUGAUGUGGAUAUUGUUUUUGUGGUUGGUGCAAUGGCCCAUGGAAAAAUUGAUUGUGAUUAUAUAGAUGAUUUCAUAGCAAUUUCUGGAUAUCCGCUGAGCGCUGCCUGGUGUAUCUCAAGGAUUUGUGAGGCUGUGGCUGACAAAUGGGAUGUAUUGUAAGCUGUUAUUGUUUAAAGUCGAAUGAGAGCUGGUUGUUGCCCGACUGCCAUUUUUUUCCCCUCAACCAUGAGCAGAAUUACAAAAGUUAAAGAUUAUCGUGAGAUGCUGAAACUAAAAGUUAGAAUAGAAUAGUUGCAGAUAUAGCGAAAUCACCAAGGUUGCCCAUUAGAGUAAUUUCUUAUCUAUCACCUUAUCGAUUAUUUAUGUAGAAGUAUUCUUGCGUAUAUCAUUUAAUAUUUGUUAUGAAUUUCUGAUUAAAUAACUCAUUUUAAGAAAAUAUUUUUUAAACUAAA